AGGUGUUUUAUUUGUUUGGAUGAAAAAUUUGUGUCUGUGUUUUUCAAUCCUCUCACCUCAGGGAAGCCCCAAAAGCUGCUCAGUAAAUAAGAUUCUCUCUCUCUCUCGCUCUCUGUCUUUCACCCGCAGAGCUUCUCAGUAAAGUGACAGUUCAGCAACAUAAAGAGGAUUCUCAUCUCUCUCUCUCUCUCUCUCUCUCCCAGGAAUGAGGCCCCACCUCUUGUUUUCCCCCAACCCUGAGUCAUAUACAUUUGAGUCAGCGGUGAGUGUGAGUGCAUUUUGCUCCUUCUCUUCCUCUUGCUUCCUCUUCUUUUUAUAUCUGUCUUCCUCUGUCUCUCUUUCUCCAUCCUUCUCUCUCUUCUCCCUCUGAUUUUAAUCUCUGUCUACCCCUUCCCACAAAAAAUUUCACUCUCGUCCUCCUCUGCUCCCUCUGCUCUCUCACUCACGCGCUGUCUUGCGUCACUCCCGGGAAUCCUAAGCGCAUCCCUGGUCUCGCAGGUGGACGGCGGCCCACUACCCAGGAGCCACCAUUCCCGCCCUGGAGAGCUCCACGCUGGCAGCGCAGCCCCUUCCGCGGCUCAGCAUUGGGAGGAAGACCCUGGUGGCAGCCGCCGUGGGAGUCAUGCUAGUCCUGGUACUGGUGGUCCUCAUCCCCGUGCUGGUCAGCUCAGUGAGCACAGACGACGCCAGCCACUUUGAGAUGCUAGGCACCUGCCGCAUGGUGUGCGAUCCCUAUCUGGACUCAGGGGGCACAGGGAAAGCUACCUCCACCACGGGCCUCCAGGCGGAAGCAGAGGCUGAGGAGCUGAUUGACCACAGCAUCGGCCCGCCGCUGCCCACCUAUGGUGGCCAUGGUUCACAGGGAAAGCCCGGACGGCCUGGGAAACCCGGACCCCCGGGACCACCCGGAGAGCCCGGUCCGCCUGGGCCCAAAGGACCCCCAGGGGACAGAGGAGACGCUUUGAAGACAGGGAUACUGGGUCUGGGGGGCCAAGGAGCCAUCGCUACAGCCACCUACAGCACCACGCCACGGGUGGCUUUCUCUGCGGGACUCCGGAACCCCCAGGAGGGUUACGAGGUCCUGAAGUUUGACGAUGUGGUCACCAACCUGGGGGAUAACUACGACAGCUCGCUUGGCAAGUUCACGUGCAAGAUCCCCGGCACCUACUUCUUCAUCUACAAUGUGCUGAUGAGGGGAGGGGAUGGCACCAGCAUGUGGGCGGACCUGAUGAAGAACGGUCUGGUCAGGGCCAGUGCCAUAGCCCAAGACCAGGACCAGAGUUAUGACUACGCAAGCAACAGUGUCAUCCUUCAUUUGGAUGCCGGGGAUGCGGUCUUCAUCAAACUGGACGGGGGCAAGGCCCACGGGGGCAACAGCAACAAAUACAGCACCUUCUCAGGGUUCAUCCUCUAUGCUGACUGAUUAGGGGGUCGUAGGUCAUGGUUUUACAGGGCAUUCACUUCCUGUCUUUCACUCCUCGCUCUCAUUCAUUCUCCAUAUUAAGCUCCAUUUUUUUUAAUGGGUUGCCUAUUAUCAUUUUGAAGAUGCAGGGAGGUCUAUCGACAAUAGUGGUUCACUUAUGGUUGUUCUUUCAGUUAUGACGCUGAUGUAAGGGUGACAUUUUGACAGUGCAGAAAAGCAGCGCUGUUGUCAACCGAAACCUGCAUCACUUCAAAUGUACGUCUGGAAUUCAAUGGUUACGUGACUGUAUUGCGUAUCAAUAAUAUCCAUCGUUCAGACCUGGGUUCAAAUAGUACUGUUUUCCUUCAAAAACUUGAGCUCCCCUGGCACAGUGGAAUGAAUUGAAUCUUGAAUUGAAUCUUAAAAGUGCAUCUGUCACUAAAGAUUCAACCCUGGUCUGGUAUUGUUACAUGGUAAACCCACAUUAAAGGGAUAGUUCAACCAAAUUACAAAAUAGAUAUGUUUUUCCUUUCCCUGUAAGCAGUCUUUGGAGACAGCAAUCCAUGCUUUGGUUUUGUUUACCAGGCUGCGGUCACCAAUUGCUACCUUUAGUAUUUUUGUCCAAAAACCAUUUCAGAUUAAUGUCACGCCAAUGUCUGCCAAAUUAGCAUGUUUUACACUUCAUACCCAAAUCAACGACUGUUUACAGGGUAAGGAAGUCACGUUUAUAUUUUGGGUGAAUUAUGCUACUAGCUUACAAGUAUUGGUAAAAACAAAUAGUAUUUUUUGACACUAGUAUUGCUUUUUCACAUUGUCAAAAUUGAGGUCCAUUGGGUCUCUUUAUGUUAGAGCAAUUUUGGAAUUAAGACACGUGUCAUUAAACCGACCAAGUUUUUUAACCCAGUGUUGUCUGAUGAAUAAGAGAUCUUGUAAUAUUACCCAGUACAUUUUUAAAUAUUAUUCAUUCAUUUCUAUGUAAAUAAAUAUCAAUGUGCAAACACCAUUGGAGCCAGGGUUCGGGUCAAUUCAAAUUGAAGGCAUUCAAUACAGAAACUAAACUGAAAUUCCCAUUCAAGAAUUGAAAAAAGGGCCUCUAUUUUUACUGAAUUCUCAAUCAACUAAAAAGUAGAAGCUAUUUAUUCCAUAAGUGGUUAAGUUUUAGAAUUGUUUAUUCAAAUCACUUCCUGAAUUGAGUGCCUUCAAUUCAAAUUGACUCCAACACUGAUUGGAGCAGUGCCUGUACUGUACUUAUAACCCUGUGUGUAUAUAAAUACAAUUAGAGUGUACAUAGACUGACCAGGCGAAUCCAGGUGAAAGUUCUGAUCCCUUAUUGAUGUCACCUGUUAAAUCCACUUCAGUCAAUGUAGAUGAAAGAGAGGAGACAUGUGAAAGAAGGAUGUUUAUGUCUCGAGAGCAUUAAGACAUGGAUUGUCUAUAUGUGCCAUUCAGAGGGUGAAUGGGCAAGACAAAAUAUUUAAGUGCCUUUGAACGAGGUAUGGUAGUAGUUUCCAGAAUCACUGGUUUGAGUGUUAAGAACUGCAACGCUGCUGGGUUUUUCACACUCAUCAGUUACUCUUGUGUAUCAAGAAUGGUCCACCACCCAAAGGACAUCCAGCCAACUUGAUACAACUGUGGAAAGCAUUGGAGUCAACAUUGGCCAGCAUCACUGUAGAAUGCAUUCGACACCUUGUAAAUCCGUGCCCCAACGAAUUGAGGCUGUUCUGAGGGCAAAAGGGGAUGCAACUCAAUAUUAGGAAGGUGUUCCUAAUGGUUUGUACACUCAGUGCAUGCAAUAUACACUGGGGUCCAUAAUUAUUGACACCCUUGAUAAAAAUGAGCAAAAAAGACUGUAUAAAAUAAAUAAUACAAAUACUGAGCUAUAUUGUAUGCCAAAAAAAGUGGACAAUUAUAUUAUACAAUUGCUCAGAGAACGAGACUUUGUUUAACAUGUAAUGUAAAAAAAAUCUCUAAAAGAUAGGCGUAACAUUUUUUUGACUCCCCUGUUUUCAAUACUCUUCAAAACUCAAUAGACUUGUGAGGAUAACGACACUGAGCCUUUUUCUGAAAUGUCUGGAGACUGAGAUGGCAAAUGCAAAAUGUUGAUUUUGUGUACAUUUUAAUGAUUUAUUUGUGAAAUUUGAUUAGUGCUUCAGUUUAUUGUCUUGCUGGAAGAUCCACUUGUGGCCUAGUGUCAGCCUCCUGGCAGAUGCAAACAGGGUUUUGACUAAAAUGUUCUGGUACUUGGUAAAGUCAAAGAUUGCUUUUACAUUGACAAAAUAUUCUAGUGACCACUCAAACAAUGGAAAUACAUGUCCUCAAAGAUGGAAGGCAGGCGGUAGGAGGCGUGCUCAGGUGGGACAAUUCUAGCCAAUGACAGGGCAGAUAUGAGUGUGAAUAACAGGCCAUUGAGAUAGAUAGAGGACUCAUCUUUGUAUCUGUGCCAUUAUAGCAUCUGUGACAGCAGAGGCUUUCUUCUUCAUUGGCCGCUUGCUCACUCAUAGGAAUCCCCACCCAGUUGACUACUUUAAAAUGGUGAAAGCCCUCAAUGGCAAUGUUCAUGCUAAAACAGGUUAUAUCCAUGAUGAGUCCUCUAUCUAUCUAUAUGACAACAGGCACAACUUCGAUUUUAAAGUCGUAUUUGGGUAAGUUGCCGAAAUGCCACAUCCACUUAUAUUUUGUGCAUUCGUAAACAACCUAACCAUUACUUAAUUUCUAUUUGUUCAAAUAAGCCUCACUUAGGAAAUUGACCUUCGCCUCUUACUCUCUGGUAAAGUUCAUGAUGCCUUUGACCUUAACAAGGGCCUUAGGAACAGUAACAGCUACAUAUCCCCAUAAAAUCAAAGAUCCAGCACCAUAUUUUCUUUUUUGUAGGAAUGAGGUACUUUUCUGCAUAUGCUUCUGUUUGUAGACGCCAAACAAAAAUCCCAUUUAUUGUGUGCGUGGCCAAAAAGCUAUUUUUAAGCAAAAUCUCUGUAUUAGUAUAAAAUAAUAUUAUGGUCCUUUUUUUGCACACAAAAUAGCUCACGUAGUUGUACUAUUUACUUUACCCUGUGUUUUUUCCCAUAUUUUUUUAAUCAAGGGUGUCAAUAACGAUGGACCCCACUAUAAUUGACAUACACUGAGUGUUCAAUACAUUAGGAAUAUACCUUCCUAAUAUUUUGUCACAACCCCCUUUCCUCUUAGAACAGCUUCAAUUUGUCGGGGCCCAUGUUGACUCCAAUGCUUCCCACAGUUGUAUCAAGUUGGCUGGUUGUUCCUUGGGUGGUGGAACAUUCUACCAUUCUUGAUACACACAGCAAAUUGUUGAGUGUGAAAAACACAGCAGCGUUGCAGUUCUUGACACACUCAAAGUGGGGGGUACUACCAUACCCCCCUUCAAAGGCACUUCAAUCUUUUGUCUUGCCCAUUCACCCUCUGAAUGGCAUACAUACACAAUCCAUCUCUCAAUUGUCUCAAGGCUUAAAAAUCCUCCCCUUCAUCUACACUGAUUGAAGUAGAUUUAACAAGUGAUAUCAAUAAGGGAACAUAGCUUUCACCUGGUUAGUCUAUGUCGUGGAAAUGUAAUGUUUUGUACACUCAGUGUAUAUAAAUAUCCUUAAAAUAUCCUUAUUACAUGAUUCACCUGUUCCCAGAUCUGUUUGUGGUAUCAUGCCAACUCCUUGUUGAAAAGGAGCACUGCUUGGCAUGAAAAGGAGUGACAAGGAGAGGCAUGAUAGUACAAAUAGACUGGUACCCUGGCUAAUAAAUGAUACAGCCAUUUAGGAUAUUGAUGUAAAAUGUCACAAGUGAGUGGUACUUGCAUUUUGAUGUUCACCACAUCCAUCUACCAAAAGCCAUUGAUUCUGAUAGUGCAUGCAUAUUUUCUUUUCUAGUCAAUGUUAUCCGUUUCAACCAAUGAAAGUUAGCUAAGAUGUCGGCCAAUGACAAUGCAAUUGAUGGCAGGGAGUGGAAGGGAUUUUUGUGUGCUUUUUUUAUUUCAUGCUUUAAUCGUUCAUGACUUUUGGUAAUAAAUGGGAUUUUUUGCU